AUGGCUCAACCGGUGGUGCAGACGAUCCAUAGGGAUCCAGCGUUGUUCUACUGGAUAUUGCUGCCCAUCACCGUGGUCAUGGUUCUUACUGGCAUCCUCAGACACUACGCAAUGAUCCUUCUCCAAUCCGCUCCCAAGAAGCAAACCCUCCCUCAAGUCCGGCAACAGCGCUCCCUCAUGCGCGCCAUCAACCUGCGAAACAACUUCAACGUCAUCUCAGCCUCAUCCUUCCAGAACCGCAAGGCCCUUAUGGUUCAGGCCUUCAAAGAUGGCGCUUUCCUAGCGGACCCAGAAGCGAGAGGCAAGCCGAGACCGAAUCCAAUGACAGAUCCAGCAAUGAUGGAGGGCAUGAUGGGCAUGAUGAAGGGGAAUGUCGCUAUGAUGGUGCCGCAAACGUUGAUUAUGGGGUGGAUCAAUGCGUUCUUCUCGGGCUUCGUGAUAAUGAAAUUGCCCUUCCCACUGACGCCACAAUUCAAGUCUAUGUUGCAGUCAGGCGUUGGCACUCGGGAUCUUGAUGUGCGAUGGGUAUCGAGUUUGUCAUGGUACUUCCUCACGCUUUUUGGGCUGCAGCCGGUAUACAACUUCAUCCUUGGCAGCAACAACGCCGCAAGCCAAGUUACACAGCAAAUGGCGCAGAUGAAUCAGAUGCCUGGGAUGGGUCCAGAACAGGACCCGGAUAAGCUGUUCCUUAGCGAGGCCGAGAAUCUGGAGGUGAUAGAGCAUUACUGGAUCUUAGACGGGGUUGAGGACCGACUCCUGGCUAAGUUGACCUGA